GAGCACUCCCUUUAAUACUUUUGUUUAAAGAUUAUAAAAUGCUGUUUGAUGGAUAAUCAGAAUGGGGUCAUGCUUUAGUAGUUCGGACAAGGUGUCGUCGUUCUCACCUGCCCCCAGCAGUUCCAGGAGAACAUAUAGUAAACAAUCCCUGAAGUCUGAUACUAUUGUUCAAAACUUAGACACUCUAGAGGAGGUGGAGGAGGUAGGAGGAGGAGCAAAAUCUUCUAAAUCUGCAAAUCCUGGACUUAGGUUUCAUAUGAUGAAGAAAAAAGCUGAAAUAAAAGAAAAUCAGACUAAAUUAACAACCUCUCUAACGAAUCCGAUUGUAGACGGGGGAGUGGAAAAAAGAGUUUUAGAAGAAGAUUCUUGGUUCCGGAAGGAGCGGGAUAAUUUAAACCGGAAGUUCAACACUCUGCCUCCCAUAGAAGCAGGGAGGGUCGUGCGCGAAACCGGAACAGCAUUUUAUAUUGAUUAACGAAGAAAGACGACAUUUAAAAUAUUUUGUUCUGUCUUAACCGAACUAGCAUCGAAAUAAAUUCAAAAUUAAUAUGA